AUGGAGAGAAUACUUCGGCGUUACUUUCCUCUUGCAGUUCUGUUCCAGCAUUUUCCGAUGGCUUGCUUAGCCAACAUAGAAACCAAUAUUGCCACUGAUCAAUCUGCUCUUGUUGCUUUUAAAGAGCACAUAUUAUCAGACCCUUACCUAGUCCUGGAAGACAACUGGACUGCUAAUACUUCUGUUUGUGAUUGGAUUGGAGUCACUUGUGGCAUCCAACAUCAUAGAGUAACUGCUUUAAACAUAUCAUUCACGGGUUUGACAGGCAGCAUUCCUCCCCAUCUGGGGAACUUGUAUUUUCUUGUUUCUUUGGACCUGAGCGGUAACAAUUUCCUGGAGAAUUUGUCCCGCUUGCGACGCCUGAGGUCACUGGAGAUAUUCCGUCAUGGUAAGAUUCCUGAAGUGAUGGGAGAUCUACAAAACCUGAGGGUACUAAAUUUGCAGUAUAACCCGCUUACAGGGUCUAUACCAUCCAUCAUUUUCAACAUUUCAGCGUUAGAAAUUAUUGUUCUCUCAGGAAAUAACUUACCUGGUAAUCUCCCUCCAGACAUGUGCAAUGAUCUCCCAAGUCUCACAGGGCUUUAUUUAACCUCAAAUAAGUUUAAUGGCCAGUUGCCAUCAAAUUUAACUGCUUGUUCAGUAAUUCAACUAUUGUCAUUGUCAUCAAAUGAAUUUAGCGGACAGAUACCAACGGAAUAUGGAGCCUUGAAGAAGCUGGAGGGGCUGUAUCUUGCCCGAAACAGUUUAAUAGGCUUUUGUGCUGAAAGUGUUGCUCCUGUUAGUCUCCGAACUACUGUUGCUGGAAUUUCCCUUUUCUUGGGUCAUUUGCUGAUUUUGAUAGGAUGA